CCGUCCCCGUAUAAAAUGUCUCAGUAUUCGACAGCCAGCAACGUGAACGGCAUGAAGACGCAGUCACCGACGCUGACGAUGGCAAAUAAUGACAGCGACCCUCUCCCCCUCGGAUGGGAGGUAAAAAUUGACCCGCAGACUGGAUGGCCAUUCUUCGUGGACCACAACAAUCGCACGACAACCUGGAAUGACCCGAGACACGACACGAAAAAGGUUCGAGAAGUAUCAGCAAAUGGACCCAACAUACCACCAGAACCAAGUCCUCAGGAGACACAGAAGACCUACGUGAGGGAGAUGAAGCACCCCAUCCUUCGCCCAGGCUACGUUCCCAUCCCAGUCUUCCACGAGGGUGCAGAACUGAGGCAGCAGCAGCAACAGCAGCAGCAGCAGCAUCCGUGUUACUCCUACAUCCAGCCAACCACUGCACAGAGUAUCAGGACAGAUGGGCGGACACCUUCGCCAACGCCGGUGCUCCACUGCAGGCCUAGAUCACCUUUACACGGCCCCUCAGACAGCUGCUCCUCUGAGCCUGGAAAAGUCUGCACGCCUGUUUCGCCAACAGGAGAGAUUUAUAGUGUCCCGCAUCACCAACCCCCACGGCCCAGCAGCACCGGUCUGCAAGCAGGUUACAUCCCUAUCCCGGUGAUCCACGAGGGUGGGGGAGGCCAAACACAGCCUCAGUUAAAUCCUUCGGUCUACUCUCAGCGCGUCCCGUACUCAGAGCAUCAGCAGCCCUUCCAUCGUAUCCAGACAGAGGAACGGCCUGGCUACUCCUCUUCAAUGCAACCUCCGCGGGAAAGGGCUUCUCCGAUACUUCCCCAGCAUCGCGAUGCCACUUCUAUUCACCUGCAACCUCACAUUAGAAGCCAGUCACCUCUCAUUGCACAGGUGAUGGGAGAAAGACCACAGCCUCAGCAGCACGUCCUCACGAGAGAGCCGCCCCAGAAAAUGGAGCAGGAACCGCCGAGCGUGCAGCAGAAACCCGAGAGCGCGCCACUUCCCCAGCCAGUGCACACAGAAGCUGAUGUCCCAAAGCCUCAACAACCUCAACAGUUCCAACAGCCUCCACCUCAGCAACCUCAGCAGUUCCAGCAACCUCAGCAGUUCCAGCACGUGCCAUCUCAGCCAUCGCCGCAGCCUCAGCAGCCGGAGCAGUUCCAGCCACCGUUCCAGCAGCCACAGAGCAAGCCAGAGCAGCCACAACAGCACGUCGCAGACAUCACAGUUCAAAUACCUCCAAAAGAAGAGGCCCAGGACAUGGCAGCUGCUCCCCCAGAGGUCCCGCCACCAAAAACAGAGGCCGAACAGACUGCUCAGUGCCCGAGCCACCCAGGCUUGACAAAGGUGCAACAGAUAGUCGAACGAGUGGCUAAACUGGAGCAGGAGGUGAAGUGUUUUGAUGGCAAGAAGAAUGAUAAGAAGUACUUGUUACUGGAAGAGCUGCUGACCAAAGAGCUCUUAGCCCUGGACUCUGUGGACCCAGAGGGCCGCGCAGACGUGCGGCAAGCAAGACGGGAUGGAGUCCGCCGCGUUCAGACCAUACUGGAAGAAUUGGAGCAAAUGGAGGAGCAGCCAGCCAGGCCCGCGGUGGAGGGAGACAACUUGACACAGAAAGGAGAGCCCAGCAUGAUCACCAAGGAGAAUGUUGAGAUGGCAAAAGAGAUAUCGUAAUGACUGCACACUCCAUAACCACAAGGAGAGAGGGAUUACCUGCUGUAUAUUUGAUAGUGAACAAGUCUGCUCCGGCUAACCCUCCUCCCCUUCUACCUACAGCAUUUGUGGAAGUUGCAUGCAUUGAUUAACAGUGUUGGUAUAUCCAGCCAUUCAGCACAUAAUUGAUGGUAGCUCAGUGCAAUCAUGUUUCUCAAGCCAAUGUUACUGCCUUCUAUGUUGUGCCAAUGUCUUCAUAAUAAGACUGCUGUCCUGAGUGAGAUGUUGACAACAAUUGCCUGGGCAAAUAUAAGUUUGAAAAAAGAGGCCUUUAUCAAUAAAUGGAAGAGAAGUAAAAGUAUUUUCUUAAGAAAAUGUUACGUGUAGUUGCCUUUUGUCUAAUCUAAUAUGGUAUGGAGCUUUUUUUCUUAAUCUAGUCAGCACACACAGUUAGUACACGAGUGCAAACAUUUGGGGCUUUAAAGCAGAACUCACUGCAAAACUGAGUCAACAGAAAAAGCGUUUUCCCUUUUACCGCCACAUGGCCAUGUUGGAGCUGCUUCGUCACACAACACAGUGAACAUGUUUGAUAGAUGCUGCUUUUUGGUGCAUUACUGAUUUUGCUGUCUUUGCACUUUGCCAUCAUUGAAAUGUAUCAUGCUGAAAAAUCAGCGGCACUUCAUUUGAAGUAUAUCAGUUAAACAAGUUUUGAUUGAUGUGUUUGAGUGUUUGUAUGUGAACUGGUUUACUUGUUAUUUCAAAUCACGAUAUCAGUAUUUAUAUCAUAAAGUAUUUUGGUACAUUUAUGAAUGUGUAAUGGCAAACGGGGGUGAGACGUAUAUAUAUAUAUUUAUAUAUAUAUAUACACUUGAGAUGUGAGACAAUCAGCACUUGGUGCUUAUGAGGAAUCACUGUUUAAAAUUGUCAGAAUGUCCUAGUAUUACUACCAAAGCCACAAUCUGUAAUAACACUAACACAAAAAUGGCCUAAAAGCCUUAAAAUGGAGAUUUUAAACACUACUGUCAGUUAACAAGCUUCAGAUUUACUUACUUUUAUGGCUACCCCAACUGUUUGUGUAGUAAUUUGUCACUAUAAUGAGAUUGUAAGCCAUCUUGUCAGGUGGGGGGGUCACUGCCUAACACACUUUUACAAAUUAUGGAUCGUGGCUUAGUGUCGAUCACGGUUUAUUAGUAGCCGACUGAUGCAUUGUUGAAAGAAAGUCACAUUGAUAUGGUUGGAAAUAAAAUGUAUUUGACAUGGA